UCCGCGGAAACGGUCCGGCACUCUUUCCUUCCUCGCGCAGCCGGUUCCGUUUUACGUCCGCCACUUCGCCGUUGCCAGUGCGUCGGGACUUUAAGUGUGAUCCACGCCUAACCAAGGAUUUUCGUCACAAAAAGAAGUUUUCAAGACCUCUGAAAUACAUUUCUGUGGAGUGCCUUUAGUGUUGGAUUUCGGUCCGAAGAGCGUCCUCCUCGCGGAGUGCGCCGCAGAUUCUGCACCUGCGCCACCGGUUCGGCUGUCCACGCGAUGUCGCGACUGCUGCUGCUGCUGUGCGGCUCGGCCCUGUGGUGCGCGGCGCAGGCCUACACGGGCAGCGACGACAGAUUCGUCAAGAAGUACGCCAUGAUGAAGGUGUACGAGAGCUGCUUCGGGCCCGAGGUGGUGCGCGAGGUUCGCCAGGAGAUGCGCGCCGCCAGCGCCAAGUGCCAGGAGCGCGCCCAGAGCCCCAUCCUGAGCUUCGGGCCGGCCUUCGGGCAGGGCCCCGGGCCGUCCCUGGACCGCCUGGACCGGCCGCACCACCCCGUGCGGACCCACAAGCCCCAGCCCCAGCAGCAGCCCCAGCAGCAGCAGCAGGCAGACUCGGCGCGGCUGCAGCAAGCGCUCAUGGCGGUGCUCAACCGGCAGGCACAGGGUGGCGGCUUCACGGCGUACCGGCCCGUGCAGCAGCCCCAGCAGCCCCCCGCGAUGCCGCAGGUGGACCCGCUGCAGGCGUUGCAGGCACUGCAAGUGCUGCAGCAGUACCAGUCCCGGGGCAGCAGCCACUUCCACUACCAGCAGCCGCAGCCGCAGCCCGCCUACUACCAGCAGUCCUUCGGCAACCGGUACUCCAGGAGCUCCCGUGCCUCCAAGGCCAUGUCCUCCAAGAGCGCGCCGGGCCCCAAAAGGGCCUCCAGCAGGGCGUCCCGCGACCUGGACGUGCAGGGCCAGCUGGAGACGCUCACGACCAGGAUGACGGGCCGCGUGAAGAACGUGACGUGUGUCAUGCAGGAGCUGGGCUACCUGGACUCGGCGCUGGAGCCGGACUUCGAGCGCAUCGCGGCGCGCAUCUCGCGGCUGCCCGUGUCCCACGAGCUGCGCCGGGACAUGCUGGACGGCGUGCAGUUCUGCAGACAGUUCUCGCAAUGCAUCCCGGACUCGCGGCGCGACAAGUUCCUGCUGUCCGGCGAGCUGCUGAGGCCCAUGUUCUUCUUCCGCUGCUACAAGCACAAGAAGCUGGAGGCGUGCAUCAUGAAGGACGUGCGCGAGCGCUACCAGCAGGCCUCCGUGGACGACAACCUGCUGCCCAACACCAGGGCCAUGGACCUGGACCGCGACGUCGAGCGCGAGGGCCUCGACGAGGACCACAUGGCCGCCGCCGUGUACGAGUUCCUCUACGGCGGCGACAACCUGGACGCCGACAGCUUCUUCUGAGGCGGCCGACGACCGCCACUUCCAUUCCACGGCCUCGCCGGCCACCUCGCGCCCAGCCCCAGUGCGGUUUCAAAUUCUCAAGUCUGCCACAAACUGCCAGGCGAAAAAGACCGUUUUCUGGCCAUUUUUAGAGGCUGUUUGGAAACUUGGGGAAGCGAAUGUCCAUGGUCUCUUGUGAUUUCUUUCUCGCUCGCAGUUUAGGCGUGGAGGCUGUGAACAGAGCUCCGUAGCUUUUUUUGCCAAUUGUAUGUAUUUUGUAGAUUGAUGAAUUCGCGAACGGACAGUGCUCGGUUUGCGGUUCACGCCCGAGGCAGCAGGGUUACCCACUGGGCCAAAAAAGUAAAGGGAUGUUCGGAAUGAAGCGGUGCUGAAUUAAAGGGGGACAUAAGAUACGGGUUUCAAGAUGCCAGUAAUGCCAACCUCUCGCAAACUUUUGUGGAUAAAUUGCAUUGGGAGGUCGAACAAGGUUACAGGUGCGUAGGGCAUCGCCAGAGUGGGUAUCUCGCUGCCCUCGGGCCUUGGAGCCUUCGUGCCCCCGGGCAGCAGUCCGGCAAUAAAUUGUUGUCAUGCAGCGAAAACUCGUCCUAGUUUGGGACGGAACAGGCGAUGGGGACGACUGAGGCUGCGGGCGCUGCGGGCCCCAUUUGUCCCAUUCCGAACGUCCCAACUGGAACACCGAACUCACCGAGUUGAGGCUGACCUAACUCUCGGCCCAACUCGAGAAGACGAACCUCCCUCGAAACACAUGUCCAUUCAUGUCGGCAAGUCCCUCAAAAUAACGAAAGCACUACUUGAAACCUGACAGUAUUUAGAGACAAUAAAUAAAGGGACAGACGGCGCUGAUGUUGAUGACGAUGUGUUUCAUGGGUAGUAUCAAAUUGUGUACCACUUUUGUAAUAAAUUUGCCAAUAAACGAAUUUAAAUGAA